UGAAGAAAGACAACAUUCACAUCAGACAACGGGGGAGAUGGACAUGAAACAUCUAACUUGUUAGUUUAAUUUAAGACGGUUUGUUGUAUAAGGAGAUACACUCAGAACAAACUACACAGUAAGUAAUAAUGAUACUGUGAUGAGGAUCAGUGUAUUGAACAAUUAUUUUUCCCACAAGGCUAUUACUUAUUCACCCUGUGUGUUUUAAUGAAGGAGUAUGCCAAGAGAAAGUUUGUCUGAUACUUGAUUGGUUAAUUGAUUUAUUGAUUGGUUGAUUGCUUUAUUAUUUAUCUGUGGAAUAUAAAAGCAUGUUAUGAGGUAUAUGUAGCAUUCUGGGAAACAUUGUCCUUACUGUGUCCCUGUGUAGAGUGGUGGGGAUGGGGAGAAUUAUGGGGUCUCUGCUGAUUGGCUCAGCCCUCUGUAUGGGCGUGGUCAGUCUAACCCUUAGCCACACCUCCAGGGUCAGAGUUCACAAAGGGAGGAGCCUCACACUGCCCUGCAUGAACACAACACAUACAGGUGAGAUAACACACACACACAAAAAAGACUACCUUUGUGGAAUGUCCCCAUACACCUGUUAUACUGGUGUUUGUGUGUGUAGGAGUGGUCCAGUACUGGCAGACCCCGUUCGGUCGGGUCCUGAGCAGUCUGCAUGCCAACCAGAAGGAUGUGGUUGCUAUGCAACGAGAUGGUAGCCUGCGGAUCCACAUUGCCUCUCCUCACCACAGCGGCCUGUACUACUGCGUCCUACUGGCCGGAGGACAAACUACACUCACAUCCUACCUGCUGUAAGUACUGUUGUAAGGCAUCCAUGUUGUGUAUUAUAUAAUAGCGUGCCAUUUGGGACUCACCCAUGCAUUCACUCUUUAGCUCCCUCAGGACUGCCAGCAGUCGACAGGACCCUGUGCUCGAACCCAGGCGGACGGUCAGGAGUGUUCUGGGUGAUCAUGGAGAUGAGAGGGAUGUUCCCGUGGUUUCUGACGGUGUGUUUGCGGCGGCGGUGACGGCAUCAGUAGUGGUGACGUUCCUGGUGGGGCUCAGCUCUGGAGCUCUGAGCAGGCCUCUACUGGACAGGUGCAUGGGUUUAUCUACCUAUAUUAAACAUCUAUUCACCUUUAUUUUACAUUCGAUAAAGAUGAAGUUCAGUAUUUUACAACUUCAUGUUAGAUGGUUCCUCACCCUGAAAGUAGAAUAUAGGCCAGGAGAAACUAAAUCAUGGUUAGCUGAAACUUGUAGUGGUUGUUUAAAUAAAACCGAACCAUGGAUUGAUUAGUUUCUCUUGGCCCAUAGACUGCUUUCAGAGUGAAAGUAGUCUAGUUGUAAAACACUGAACUUCCCAUUUAAACAGCAUCAACAUUAAAUACAGAUACAUUUUACCAGCACUCCUUCUCUCUAAGGUGUGUGAAUUGGGUGCGGUCGCUAGGACAGGGACGUCGUAACCAUGGUGAAACAGUCAGCGUGGCAUUCCGGAAGGAUGUGGAACAAGAGGAUGAGGAUGACUCUGCCUCGACGACAAGCGUUACCAUGGAUAAAGUCAGCCCAUCUCCACCGGCCAAACCUCAGAGAAGCUUCAGGGGCAAACGUCAUGAAGAGAACACUGCUUAUCUGGAGGGCUGCGACCAGGGGAGAGGAGAGGAAGGGAGGGAGGGGGGAGGAGAAGAGGGGAUGGAGGUUGGAGACAGCACUGAUGGAAAAGAGAGGAGCAGGAGAGAGGGGGAGGAAGAAAGGAGUGACAGUGAGGAAGGGAGAGAGGGAAAGGAGGGGAGGAAUGAAAGUGUCAGGGAGGAAGGAAGAAGAGAGAGUGAGGAAGGGAGAGAGGGAGAGGAGGGGAGGACAGAAUGUAAGGAGAGGAGGAAAGAGAGCAAGGGAGAGGUUGAAGAGGGAGGAUCUAGAGGCGAUAGUAGCAGUGAUUCAGAACAAGGGUCUGUUGGGGCGAGACAGGGGGGAGAGGUGAGGCAGGGGGAGGGAGAAGAGAUGUGUUCUCCUCCCCAGCCAGCUAGACGGAGCCGUGUGAUUCGUCUGUACCAGUACGAUGAGGAGGGGCAUCGCUAUGGUCACCUGCCAAACCCCUCCCCCAUGGAAUGUACUUCCCCUGCCCCCCGGGCCAAGCAGCGCUCACUGUCCCUCACCAGGCUCAACACCAUCAUGGCUGCUGCCACCGCCAGCCCCCUUGACCCCCAGAGCCCCCCGGGCAGAGACUCAGACCCUGACGAAAGGGACACAGCCAGUCCAGCCAGCCCAUCCCAGGGCCAGGAGAAACCCGUCUUUCAACUGGAGAUGUGACAUACAAGAUCUGGGCCUGUAUUCAUAAAGCGUCUCAGAGUAGGGCUGCUGAUAAAUGAUCCAGUCCUAACCUGUCCAUAUAAUCUUAAUCAUUACGAAUUAAAAGGCGAAACUGGUUCUAGAUCAGCCCUCCUAGUCUUGAUAGAUGCAGCCCCUGAGCAGAAAGAUCAGGGUCAUGUUCAAUAGGGCAUACAGAGACACGGUACCAAAAUGGUUUGAAACAGAAAAAAAAUUAGUAUUUCUUACUGGACAACUUUAACAGGUAGUGCCUCGCCAUUUCACUCCAUUGUAAAACAUUUUCUCAAUCACAAAUUCUCACACACAAAUUCCCAGAAACACUUGAGAUUUUAACUUGUCAUCAAAUCCAGCGGAUUCCAUGAUUAUUUUGUAAAAAGCAAUUGGAAAUAAAACAUUAAAAAUACAUGUUAACUUUGGAUGAUUGUGUUAAUUUAAAGUUAGUCCCAGUGUAUUUGGUUGUAACCUUUUCCCCAGGCAAUACUUGCACAUAACAGUGGCUUGCAAAAGUAUUCACCCCCAUUGGCAUUUUUCCUAUUUUGUUGCCUUACAACCUGGAAUUAAAAUGGAUUUUUUGGGGGGGGUUGUAUCAUUUGAUUUACACAUCAUGCCUACCACUUUGAAGAUGCAAAAUAUUUUUUAUAUUGUGAAACAAACAAGAAAGAAGACAAAAAAACGGAACUUGACCGUGCAUUACUAUUCACCCCCCCAAAGUCAAUACUUUGUAGAGCCACCUUUUGCAGCAAUUACAGCUGCAAGUCUCUUGGGGUACGUCUCUAUAAGCUUGGCACAUCUAGCCACUGGGAUUUUUGCCCAUUCUUCAAGGCAAAACUGCUCAAUCUCCUUCAAGUUGGAUGGGUUCUGCUGGUGUACAGCAAUCUUUAAGUCAUACCACAGAUUCUCAAUUGGAUUGAGGUCUGGGCUUUGACUAGGCCAUUCCAAGACAUUUAAAUGUUUCCCCUUAAACCACUCAAGUGUUGCUUUAGCAGUAUGCUUAAGGUCAUUGUCCUGCUGGAAGGUGAACCUCCGUCCCAGUCUCACAUCUCUGGAAGACUGAAACAGGUUUAGUCAAGAAUUUCCCUGUAUUUAGCGCCAUCCAUCAUUCCUUCAAUUCUGACCAGUUUCCCAGUCCCUGCCGAUGAAGAACAUCCCCAUAGCAUGAUGCUGCCACCACCAUGCUUCACUGUGGGGAUGGUGUUCUCGGGGUGAUGAGAGGUGUUGGGUUUGCGCCAGACAUAACGUUUUCCUUGAUGGCCAAAAAGCUCAAUUUUAGUCUCACCUGACCAGAGUACCUUCUUCCAUAUGUUUGGGGAGUCUCCCACAUGGCUUUUGGCGAACACCAAACGUGUUUGCUUAUUUUUUUCUUUAAGCAAUGGCUUUUUUCUGGCCACUCUUCCAUAAAGCCCAGCUCUGUGGAGUGUACGGCUUAAAGUGGUCCUAUGGACAGAUACUCCAAUCUCCGCUGUGGAGCUUUGCAGCUCCUUCAGGGUUGUCUUUGGUCUCUUUGUUGCCUCUCUGAAUAAUGCCCUCCUUGCCUGGUCCGUGAGUGUUGGUGGGCAGCCCUCUCUUGGCAGGUUUGUUGUGGUGUCAUAUUCUUUCAAUUUUUUAAUAAUGGAUUUAAUGGUGCUCCGUGGGAUGUUCAAAGUUUGGGGAUAUUUUUUUAUAACGCAACCCUGAUCUGUACUUCUCCACAACUUUGUCCCUGACCUGUUUGGAGAGCUCCUUGGUCUUCAUGGUGCUGGUUGCUUGGUGGUGCCCCUUCCUUAGUGGUGUUGCAGACUCUUGGGCCUUUCAUAACAGGUGUAUCUAUACUGAGAUCAUGUGACACUUGGAUUGCACACAGGUGGACUUUAUUUAACUAAUUAUGUGACUUCUGAAGGUAAUUGGUUGCACCAGAUCUUAUUUAGGGGCUUCAUAGCAAAGGGGGUGAAUAGAUAUGCACGUACCACUUUUCCAUUAUUUAUUCUUUAGAAAUUUUUUUUAACAAGUUAUUUUUUUCAUUUCACUUCACCAAUUUGGACUAUUUUGUGUAUGUCCAUUACAUGAAAUCCAAAUAAAAAUCAAUUUAAAUUACAAGUUGCAAUGCAACAAAAUAGGAGAAACGCCAAGGGGGCUGAAUACUUUUGCAAGGCACUGUAGCACUAAUAAGCCUGGAAUAACAACAACUAUAGUCUGGCCUAUAUAGGAGUGAACAUAAACAUUUAUCAUUAUGAGUUUAGCGAAUCACACGACUGCAAGACAGGGCUCCAAAUUAGAGGUACACAAUAUGGGAUGAAGUGUUCGGAGGGAAGUGAUUGAUUAAAUAUAAAGCCGAUGGCUAUUGGCUCUGGACUUUUUCGUGUUCUUUCUAUUGGGUUAAAGGCCCAGUGCAGUCAAAAACGUGAUUUCCCUGUAUUUUAUGGGGUUAGGGUUAGUGUACAAAACAUUGGGAACGCCUGCUCUUUCCAUGUCAUAGACUGACCAGGCGAAUCCAGGUGAAAACUAUGAUCCCUUAUUGAUGUCACUUGUUAAAUCCACUUCAAAUCAGUGCAGAUGAAGGGGAGGAGACAGGUUAAAGAAGGAUUUCUUGAGACAAUUGAAACAUGGAUUGCGUAUGUGUGCCAUUCAGAGGGUGAAUGGGCAAGACAAAAGAUGGUAGUAGGUGCCAGGCGCACCGGUUUGAGUGUCAAGAACUGUUAACGUUGCUGGGUUUUUCACACUCAACAGUUUCCCGUGUGCACCAGGAAUGGUCCACCACCCAAAGGACAUCCAGCCAACUUGACACAACUGUGGGAAGCAUUGGAGUCAACAUGGGCCAGCAUCCCUGUGGAAUGCUUUCGACACCUUGUAGAGUCCAUGUGCCCGACGAAUUGAGGCUGUUCUGAGGGCAAAAGGAGGUCCAACUCUAUAUUAGGAAGGUGUUCCUAAUGCUGUGUACACUGUGUAUAUUUCCAUACUGAGGCUGGAGUAAUACUGUGAAAAUUAUGAUAAUGUACUUUCAGUGUAAGAGCUGUUUGAAAAGACAGCCUGAAAUUACAGCCUGUUUUGGCCUGUCUGGUGGUCACCAGGCAGAACAUUUGUUAAUAGACCAAUAAGAAGCAGUUCCAAACCUCUCUGCCAAUAACAUAUAGUUUUCCCCUCCCCACUCAGACCACGCCCAGACAGUCCUAGGUAAAUUCUUGCUUGAGAAAUUGGUAUUUGCUAAGUUAUUUGUUAGAAGCAAGUUUGGUUGUACCAAUCAGAGGUUAGAAGCAGGUUUGGUACAAUUCCAUUCUUUAUUCUUGUUCAGAAAACAUACUAUAAACGAGGUAAGACUCAAAAAUGAAGGGAAAAAAUGUUCAAGGAAACCGAUAAAUUCCCCAGUCGAUCUUAACAAUGGCUAGACAACUGUGGCCACAGAUGCAAUAUAUAUGAAAAAUAGUUCCCUCUUUAGUUUAGCUUUUUGUUUGUUUUCUUCUUGUUGAACUUGUUUAAAUGAACACUGGAAAAGUAUCUUCAGAGAGAGAGAGAACUUCACUGUUGGCCCACGAAGCACAGAGGCCGUCACUGGAAGUGUGUGUGCGCUCCAUGACACCGUAUGCGUGUGUGUGUGUGUGUGCACAGUCCAUGGAAGGUGUAUAUGUGCCGUUUCUGUAUAUUUCAAACGGAGGGAGAACAUCUUCAUGUGUGCUUCUCUCUUUCGUUUUCCUCCUGCUCCCUCUUUCUUCUCUCCGCUAUAACGCUGCCAGCCGAGCUUUCUGCCACUCCACAAACUCAUCCAAUAACACCGGCCCUGCAGAGAGAAAGAGUAGUGUUAGUGUGAGAGGGACUGUGUAUGUGUGUUUUUUUAUUUGUGUGUGUGUUUUUUGUGUGGUUUAGUGUGUGUGUGUACUCACAGGCUCCAUCCUCGUCAUAGUUACUGAGGUCUGUGCUGACUGUACGACUGAACUCUAAGACGUUAUACCACUGGUCCUUAUUCAUCACCUUGUAUUUGGACUGCUGCAGGGGAGGAGAGAGAAGCGAGGGGGAGGAGAGAGAAGCGAGGAAGAGAGGGGAGAGGAGAGGGGAGAGGGGGAGGACAGAGAGAGGAGGAGAUAGGGGGUGGAGAA